AACACUGCGCCGCCUGGCUUGACAUCGGUGAGCCGCACUGGGUGGGCUCCGCUCCCGCAAGGGGACCCCAGUAAGUUCCAGAUCUUCCCGGAGCGCCUGUUUCACUACCACCUGCCUCGUACAGACGAAAGGCAGUUGCCUAUACGCUAACCAGCGCCAAUCACAAAAAUGUGCGGACUAAGGUCACGUGACUAGCGGGGCGGUACUCCCAGAGCCUCGGGAUCUCUAUGGUUCUCCCCGACUCGCUAGAGGACGUUUGGUCCACUGGAGGACUCCCCACAUUCUUCCUCCAUUACCUCACUGCCUCCGGUGGCUGCUGGGAUAGAGGAGGACUCGGGUCCCGACUCGACUCAGUCCUCCACCCGCCCCGGGAAUACCUCUAGUUCUCCCCGGUCGCCGCCGCCCCGCCGCUUCCUCCUCUGCCCUCCCGCCGGCCUCCUUCGGGCGUCCUCACCCGCCCGGGGACUCUGCUUUUCUCGGGAGCCUCCACCCAGGCGCAUGGCUCCAUGAAGCAGGAGGAAGAGAAGGCAGAGCGCGAGAGGUCCCGUCCGCCCCGGCCGCGUCUGGGUCAGGAGAAAAGGCAUUGGAAGAAGGAAUGGAAUUGGAAGGAAGAAGAUUCAUUCCAGAGACAAAAUAGGUUCCCUUCCCUAUUGUAGCUGUUUCUUCUGGGAAUAUAAAUUUUCUGCUUUCAGGUUCUGCAGCAUUCCAGAUCACGAACACCAAAUCAGGAUGGGAAAAAGACGUUGUGUUCCUCCCCUUGAGCCCAAGUUGGCAGCAGGCUGUUGUGGGGUCAAGAAGCCCAAAUUAUCUGGAAGUGGAACACACAGUCACGGCAACCAGUCCACAACUGUUCCUGGCUCUAGUUCAGGACCUCUUCAAAACCACCAGCAUGUGGACAGCAGCAGUGGUCGGGAAAACGUAUCAGACUUAACUCUGGGACCUGGAAACUCUCCUAUCACACGAAUGAAUCCUGCAUCUGGAGCCCUGAGCCCUCUCCCCCGGCCUAAUGGAACUGCCAACACCACUAAGAACCUGGUGGUGACUGCAGAGAUGUGCUGCUACUGCUUUGAUGUACUCUACUGUCACCUCUAUGGCUUCCCACAGCCUCGACUUCCUAGAUUCACCAAUGACCCCUAUCCUCUCUUUGUGACCUGGAAGACAGGGAGAGACAAGCGUCUUCGUGGCUGCAUCGGGACCUUCUCAGCCAUGAAUCUUCAUUCAGGACUCAGGGAAUACACAUUAACCAGUGCACUUAAGGACAGCCGAUUCCCCCCCCUGACCCGAGAGGAGCUGCCCAAACUUUUCUGUUCUGUCUCCCUCCUUACUAACUUUGAAGAUGCCAGUGAUUACCUGGACUGGGAGGUAGGGGUCCAUGGGAUUCGGAUUGAAUUCAUCAAUGAAAAAGGCAUCAAACGCACAGCCACAUAUUUACCUGAGGUUGCUAAGGAACAAGACUGGGAUCAGAUCCAGACAAUAGACUCCUUGCUCAGGAAAGGUGGCUUUAAGGCUCCAAUUACCAGUGAAUUCAGAAAGUCAAUCAAACUCACCAGGUAUCGAAGUGAGAAGGUGACAAUCAGUUAUGCAGAGUAUAUUGCUUCUCGACAACACUGUUUCCAGAAUGGCACUCUUCAUGCCCCGCCCCUCUACAAUCAUUACUCCUGACACAAGGCUACAUGACCAGUCCCACCCCCCUGUGGCCACCAAUGGCUAUGACAUCAUUGGAGCAGAUGCCUCCUCUUCCUGGUCCAGUUACUUCUAUUACUGCACCAUUUUAUGAUGCUAGCUUCCGUUGCCAAGUCUGCCUCCUGCUGACUGGAGGGUGUGGGGUUACAAUGAAUGCAACAGAACAUGAGGGGCCCAAGCCUUAUAUCAGCCUUUCCUCAGUCUGGGGUUCUGUUGGAUCAGGGCUCCCUAAUAACCAGUGAGAAUGGCUGUGUGGGUUCAGAAGACCGUUUUCUGGUGAUUUCCCACACGUGUUGGCCACACAUGGAAAACUGGAAUUGAUGACGAUCCAUGGAGGCUUCUUCCCCAAUUCCCUACAGCCCACCAGACCAAUUAGGUGUACUCGCCUGGCAGUCUGGGCAACGGAGACCAACAUGAACCACUUAUAGGUUUUAAAUUCCUUUUUUUAAACUUCCAGUUUAUUGUGUACCAAGAAUUGAUCACAACCUCCAUGCUUCAUAAGUGAACACUAUGUUAGGGUUGACUGUGGGCACCAUCAGCCCCUGUGAGUCCUGGAUAAGAGAACUGCACCAACAUCAGAAGUCCUGUUGGAUGGCUUUGCAUUGUGCAAUAAGCUGUGAAGGUUUAAUGCUUACCCGACUCUAAGCUGGACUUUCUGGUAAUCUUCCUGCACUGAAUCUCCUGGUGUUGAACAGAGCUCUGUGGCAUAGCCUGCUGAGGAAUGGAAUGGAGAUGCCCAUACAGGUCCUGAUGUCACCGUCAUAAGCAGGUGUGAAAGAGAGAUCUCCCUCACCACCCGGCUACCUCAACCCUCUUCUGGUAGCAGUGCCUAUGUAGCUGCAUCUAGGUUCUCAGAAGCACAGACAUGCAAACAGGUGGUUGGGCUGGGCUUUAGGACAGACUGUCACAGGAGAGCUUCUAGGGUCUCUGAGCUGGUUUUCUUCACAGGCAAACAUCCUGCGGGACCUUUAAGUAGGGCGGUUCUUUUUUUCCGAUUUGCCUGCAGGAGUGGGAAGACUUGAUCUAUCAGUCCUCGGUAGGACUCUAGAACAAAGCUGUGUAAUAAAACAAGGUGAACCUUUUAACUUGCCUGCCACACUGGGACUCUUCACCUCACCAGUGUAAAUGUCAAUUGCUCGUGUUGCUCAUUUAAACCCUUGACAUUCCCUUUCCCAUCUUUACUCAUUCCAAAAUAGCUGUCAGCAAAUUGUUUUCUCUCACUUGGUGGCAGAAUGUAUAGCACUAGUAGACCAGGGGAGGUGCUCUGAAAGCUUUGUCUCAAAGGCACUGCUCAGGCAACUCAAAGGAAGAGACAGGCAGCUGGAAGAGAAGCUCCUGAGGAUGGCACGCUGCUUUCAGCACCGUUCAUAGAGAACUCAGGAGGCAUAGCAAUCAGGCCUCCAGUCAGUGCAUAUAUGCUUUGAUUUCUUUUUCAGGAUUGAUGUGAUGGUGUGGCUUUCCAAAAUGGGCAAAUAUCCAAGUCAAAAGAUCAUCUGAGUUUCUUCUCCCCGGAAUGGAGGAAGGGAAGUAGGGGUACUUUGUGAUUCUAGGCAUCACCCUCAAGUUCCUGGGAUUUUUUUUUUUUUUUUUUUUUUUUUUUUUUAAGCAGAGUGGGUUGGUUGUGCCAGGAGUGAUCAGUGAUCAAAGACCCGGAGAGGAUGAGGGAGGUGCUGACUACAUUGCAAUGCCCAGGAUACAUGCCCCUUACUGCCAGGUUUGGUUUCUUCACAUACAUAAAGAUGAAGGGGUCCCAUGGUUUCUUCUUGCUGCUGAGGGUAAUGAAGGUGAUGUUAUAGACAAGUAUGACAGGUGCUCUCAGGUGCCAUGGAUUGAUGUCAGGGUGGUCAGUUCUUGACUGAGCCACCCACCUCCCAAUUUGUACAACAGUAUUGAUACAUAGGGCUACACUCAUUACUGUUCAGGCGUUCUAUGUUAAGAGUUGUGUUUUAUUUCUAAAGAUUUAAAGCAAAAUGCAAAAAAAAAAAAAAAAAAAAAAAAAAAAUGGUGCUAAACUUCGCCCCUGAGCACUCUUGGUGAGACUGGUCAUGCAAGCAUCUACAGUGCCAUGCUCCUUAAGCCUGUUUUUCUUGUAGAAAUGUUGCCCUGUCUUCCCCAAUGUAUAGUAUGUAUUUUAUUUUGUUGAGAGUGAAGUAGAAUACCCUGCCAUUUAAGAAAAUGAACAGAAAAAAAUUUAAGGCCCAAGAAGGCAGGGAUGGGGAUCAGUGAACAUGAAUCUGGCUGGCAGAGCCCAGCCCCACACUUCAGUGGGCUCAGUGCUUUCGGAGCAAAGCCGCCUUACUCCCUGCACAUUCCCUCGUGUUCAACGGAAGCCCAGCAGUGGAAAUGUUCAGUUCCUCUUGCCUUGUCAAGGGGACUAGGGAGUCAGGCAAGGAAACUAUUUGGCCCAGACGAAAUGGGCGCUAUUGGUGUCUGUCCUGAGCAGAGCUAAUCAUUCAGGAAGAAGUCUGGAAGUACAUAGUCAUGGUCUCCUCAAGGGAACAUGUGGCAGAUGGCUCUCAGGAAAUAACAGCAAGUGUGGAUUUUCCACAUGGGGGCUUUGCAUCGGGAAGUGAUGCUCUGAACUAGAACUCAGCUGCCUUCUACAUAUUGACCAGAGCAGUGGUGAGGGUGGCCAGUAUGGGGCCAGUAAGUGAUAGUUGAGGAAAGGGACCGUUUCCUGUCCAGUGUUUCCUUAGACUGUAGGCUGCUCCAACUAACAGGUCCCCACUGUUAUCAAAGAACCAGCCAGACUCUGCUGGCUUGGUUUGGAAUUUGUUUCCUCCCUAGCUGUGAGUGCCUUUUGGUCUGGGAAAGUUGGCUUGUCUCAUCAUACCCACAGCUAGGACACACUCUGUAAUUAUGAAUUGUCCUUGUUUUUCUGAGCUAAAAGCGAAUGUCUUUGAUCACUAGAGUUUGUCAGUGUUGGGUUGUUUCCACUGUGAGGUUCUUAAACGUUUUCGCUUCAUAAUGUUAAAAUAACUCAUGUUAGAAACCCUUUCUACAUGAAAGGUUUGUAGUUGAGAUGUUACAUAUAUUUUACUGUUUAUAAUAAAAAUCAUCUAUACAAAAGUCUUGGGUGUUAGUUUUAAUAUUUUGCACAAGAUAUGUUUUCCACACUAUGUUAACAUCUACAAUUUCACUAACUUGGUGUUACUUUCUAUUGAAAUUUCUGAAGCCUAAAAAACUCGGUGUUCUUUAUGUUUUUAAUUUUAUUUUGUUUCCUUGAAGCAAGAGACUGUAUGGCCUUCACUGCAAAGACUUCAGACCAAUUAUUUGUAUUCCACUUGGUUGCCUCUUGGCUAUAUAACUUCUGAGUACAAGUCAUCAAAGUCUUGAAUGAAGUAUUAUAGAGAAUAAAUCAUAAUGGAUACAAACUGU